CCUGAAUACUGUUGGUAUAACAAGAUCGGAGUCAGAUCUAACGAGGGCUGGGUAGCUUCGCUUUCAGAAACACUGCGAGCGAGGGAAACUAUCUCUAAUGAAUGAACCUGGAACUGUGAGGGUUCUUCACAGCGAUGGGCAUUUUCUGAUUUGCGGGCGGUUUCGGGGUCUCUUCUUUCAUGCAAACCUUCGCGAUUAUAUAAUUCAUUUGGACAAGUUAUGUUGAAGUCGCACAACUCUGCCCUGUGUACUUGGAGCAAGAGCUUGGAGCAGGCGGCCGCUGUGUGUGGAGAGCAGGUGACCCACCAACCACCACAGUGAGUGAGGUGGCUGCACUCACUGACCGCGGAAUGAAUGCAGGACCGGGAAGAUCUGGAUGUCGCACAAGUGUUUUCUGAGAACGAAUGACAUAUCCAUCUCAUCGAUGUUUACAUGAUGCUUGACCUGUUGACGAUGACGUGUAUGGGAUCUGUGGGUUGGUUUAAGGGUCCCUGAGAUGCACGGCAAUAAAAGUGAGGAGGUGUCUGAGCCGCAGCGACACAGCGCCACCAGCAUGAAGCACCCUCACUCCUGCGCCCUUGCACUGGCAAUGCAUCUCCUCUCCUGGAGCUCACAAGGUGCUCCAAUAUCACACGAGAGAUUUGUAGAAGUGCAAGGGUUACGUCUAUGGACUGAGAUAGAUGACCUAUGCUCCUUUCUUUCUGCUAAUCCUGAGCCACAGGAUUCAGAAGACAAAGGUCAAAGCAAAAGGUUCUUAUUUCAUUAUUCGAAGACCCAUGACACUGGCAAUUCUGAUUUUAUGUCCCCUGUCCUGCACCCUCUGCUACAACUUGUGCCUGAGCUUCAUGAGAGAAGAAUGAAGAAGGGCAGAGGUGAAGAAGAAUAUCGAGGACCAGGUUUAAUUCCGAGUAGAGGCUAUUUUCUGUUUCGGCCACGAAAUGGAAGGAGCUCGUCUACUUUUCGCUAACAGGAGCGUGAAUAUCUAUAGGAAUGGUACACACUGAUGCUGAAAACGAUUUACGUUCUUUAAUCUAUAAUAUGCAUGAUAACUUAAAGUACAUGACUAUUGAUUGCUGUUUUCGUAACACAUUUACCACUGAAAUCACGUAACACAUUUACCACUGUAAAAUGUUUCAUUAGUAAAAAAAAUGUAAUUUAUGGCUGGUGUGUAAAUAUAAUUGUCAGGCUAAACUGUGAACAGAAUGCAUGUUACUAAGUUCUCUUUUUGCAUUCCUUGCUUAUAAUGGUGUUAGCAAAUGCACAAAUUAAAAUAAAACUCUUUUUAAAGAAUAUCCGUUUGCUUUUGUUUAAGAACCU